UUCAUUAUAUCUCUUUUGCAAUGGAACAAGAAGCUUUGGAAAAAAAUCCGAAUUUAGAAUUGGCUCAAUGGAAAUUCCUACUGGAAUCAGAAGAUCAUAAAAAAGAUAAGGAAAUUAAAAACCUUCUGCAGAAUGCUAUUAAAGAAAAUGAUAUGGCUCCAUUUUACAAGUCAAUCUGUGAUGAUUUGAAAUGGCCAUUAGAUGAAAACCUGUAUAAAACUAUGAAAGAAAAGAAUAUGGCUAAGCUUCAAAUUUUAGAAGAUGCAAUAUUGGAUGCCCAACAAAAUUUAGGCGAUACUGAAAUCAGAAGUGCCUUAUUGGCAAAAGCUGAAUAUCUUUGCAAAAUUGGAGAAAAGGAUGCCACUUUAACUGCCAUUAGAAUCGCAAACGAUAAAACUACUGCAUUGGGUCAUAGAUUAGAUUUAGUAUUCUUUCAAAUUCGUAUAGGCUUAUUUUAUCUUGAUCAUGAUUUGAUAAGCAGAAAUAUUGAAAAAGCCAAAAGUUUAAUAGACGAAGGAGGAGACUGGGAUCGGCGUAACAGGCUCAAAGCUUACCAAGCUGUUUACUCCAUGUGUAUCAGAGAUUUUAAAACGGCUAGCGAGUUGUUCCUGGACACCGUUUCCACGUUUACUUCGUACGAAUUGAUGGAGUACAAAACCUUCAUAACUUACGCAGUACUUUGCAGCGUUAUAGCUCUGCCCAGGACUCAGAUACGGGCCAAAGUGAUAAAAGGCGCCGAAAUAACGGAAGUGCUAUACGGAAUUCCCCUUAUGAAGGAAUAUUUGAAUUCCUUGUACGAUUGCCAUUAUAGUCUAUUCUUCAAGAAAUUGGCCGAGGUGGAGUCGAAAAUCAAGCUGGAUAGAUACCUGUCUCCACAUUACAGAUAUUAUCUGAGGGAGAUGAGAAUUCUCGCUUACAGUCAGCUGCUUCAAUCUUACAAAAGUCUUUCUCUCGUCAAUAUGGCGCAGACUUUCGGAGUUUCGGUGCCUUUCAUAGAUAAAGAAUUGUCGCGUUUUAUAGCCGAUGGAAGGCUCCAUUGCAAGAUUGAUAAAGUGGCGGGCACGGUCGAAACAACCAGACCUGAUCACAAAAAUUUUCAAUAUCAAGCCACCAUCAAGCACGGAGAUAUUUUGCUGAACAGGAUUCAAAAACUCAGUCGCAUGAUUAACGUCUGAAUCAUUGGAAGAACAGAUUAUAAAAAACUAUAAGGAAUAUAUACUGUAUAAUAUAAUAGUAUUUCUCUAUUUUUUUUUAUACAUGUAUGAUGUAUUAAAUUUCUCAUAUUAUGAAAUCAAUUUCAUGCGUCUUUUUUUUUAUUGGAAGGAAUUCUAAUCAAAUAAAAUUGUCAGAAAUCU